CAACCGCCAGCUCUGCCGGAUGGCGGAUGAGGAACGCCCGCAUCUGUUCCCUCUCGGCAGCUGAAGUGUGUACAACACCUCGCGCUGAGGUCCACGUCACUCCCUCCUUCACAGCCACGCUAAUCCCCUACAUCAACAAAUACAGAUCACCCAAAGUUUUAAUAAGCUGCUUUCCAAACUUGGGUGGAUUGUUCCGUCCACUCGUGCUCAUCAGUGAUUAGCCGCUGCUCACUCCCUUCCUGCCGAGCCCCUGACACAAGAUGCAGCCUCACGCCCCCGCUCCCGCCUCCGCCCCCGCGCCACACCCAACGAAUGAUCCUCUUGAAAACCUGAAGACGACGGGCAAAUGGGUGGCAGUGAUGCUAACAAUAAGUUAUAUGUUUGGCGACUUGACGGUGGCACGGCAGUUGAAUCCCGAUCCCCGCAUGAAUUCGUGGUUCCUUAUGUCCUCACCAAUACCGACUAUCCUGGCGUGCUUCCUGUUUGUGGCUGGUGUCACCUGGUGGGGACCGCAGUACAUGAGAGACAGGAAGCCUAUCUCUGGACUAAGGCCCUACAUGAUGGCCUACAACGCCCUCCAGGUCGUCUUCUCUGCUUGGCUCUUUUGGGAGGCGGGCAUGGGCGGCUGGUUCGGGAGCUAUUCGUUCGUGUGUCAAAGGUGCGACUACUCGGGCAACCCGCAGGCAAUGAGGAUGUUACGAGUUGGCUACUGGUACUUGCUCUCCAAGUUUGCGGACUUCAUUGACACGAUCUUCUUCAUUAUGAACAAGAAGAACGAACACGUUUCCCUCCUGCACGUCUGUCACCACUCACUGAUGCCUGUCUGUAUGUGGUACGGCGUGCGUCAUCAUAGCGGGGGACACACAACCCUCUUAAUAUUUCUGAACGCGUUCGUGCACACUGUGAUGUACCUGUACUACCUGCUGGCGGCCAUGGGGCCACGCGUGCGACCCUUCCUGUGGUGGAAGAAGUACCUCACCACCCUUCAGAUUGUUCAGUUUCUUACGGUUAUGGCGCAGAACGCGAUGGUGUUCUUCGUGGAGUGUGCAGUGCCGCCCGUUCUGUUGAUAUGGGUCAAUAGCAUGGCUGUGCUCUUCUUGAUUCUCUUCACCGACUUCUAUAUCAAGGCAUACCGCAGGACAAGCAAAAAUGAGAUGGUGAUGUCUAGCCGAGAAACCUCCAGCAAGUUGAGUGUUCAGACGGACGCCACCACCACCAUUAUGACGGACGUGUAUCGCGCAGAACUGGUGCGGGCGCGAACCCGAAUCUGAUGUCAUUCCCAAAAAGUAGCGCCUCAUCCCUGGGAAAGGGUUCAGUUCUCGUGAGCGUAGAACAAGAGUUAAGCAUGUGGCAGCGAGGUAGAUUGCUCACGAUCGCCAUAACUUUUCUUUAAUGGCAAAACUGUGGGCAUAAAGUUUCAUUCGUCCCGUCUCGGGAAUAUGUUCAGGGAAAGUUCUUAUUAUAUACAAAGUAAUGUGAUUGCUAUAGUUUCCGUGGAGGACUCGCGGUUAAGGUGGAGAGGUAUACCACGCGUGAAUAUUGUGUGUCACGCCCACCCUUCAAAGUAGAUACUCGAGGGGUCGACAUGGUGACUCAGUGUUCGUUUCUUGUUUAAUGUAAAUGUUGGUCUACUUUGUAUAUGACAUAAGGAGUAAUGUUAAGUGUUCUAUAGUAAAUACAUCUUAUUGUAAU